GAUUGUUUGGGAAGAUAUAAAUUCCAGGUGAGUCGUUCAUUUGUCCAAAAAAACACCCAGCUGGGGCAGCACCGCACUGCGUUCCCAUACGAACAACUCUGAAAUUUCUCGUAUCUUUCAUGGUUUCCCGCUUCGCUACAAUGGUGGGCCCCUCCAGCGCCAGCGGCCGUAGGGAAGUUAGAAUCGCCGUCGUGGGCGACGGAGCCACCGGAAAAUCCACACUCAUAGCCGCAAUGGCAUCGGAGUCUUUCCCCAAGUCCGUUCCGCCCGUGCUUCCCCCCACUCGCUUGCCCCGCAAUCUCUUCCCCGAUUCCGUUCCUCUUACCCUCAUCGACACACCUUCCAGCUUGGCAAAACAAGGCACACGCAAUGAAGAAUUGAAGCUAGCUGAUACAGUGGUUUUAACCUAUGCUUGUGAUGAACCGGUGAGCUUUGAGCGUGUGACUACUUACUGGCUCCCUGAAUUGCACAAGUUGGAGGUGAAGGCACCUGUGAUUGUGGUCGGUUGCAAGCUUGACCUGCGGGAUGAAAACCAGCUAGUGAGCUUAGAGAGUCUCACCACUCACAUAAUGAAACAGUUUACUGAAGUUGUCACCUGUGUUGAAUGCUCUGCAGCUACACUUUAUCAGGUCCCACAAGUUUUUUAUUUUGCCCAAAAAGCAGUACUGCAUCCAGUAGAUCCAUUGUUUGAUUAUGAAAGACAUGCUUUAACAGAUCGAUGUGUGAGGGCGUUAAGAAGAAUAUUUGUUCUUUGUGAUCAUGACAUGGAUGGUGCCCUCAAUGAUGAAGAACUCAAUGAGUUUCAGGUUAGAUGCUUCAAUGCACCAUUGCAACCAUUUGAAGUAGCAAAUAUCAAAACAAUUGUAGAGCAGAAAGUACCUGAAGGAGUCAACUCUAUUGGUCUUACCUUUCCAGGCUUUAUUUAUGUCCAUAAUUUGUUUCUAAAGAAAGGGAGAACAGAGACAUUAUGGGCUGUUCUAAGAAAGUUUGAAUAUGAUAAUGAUUUAAAACUCCGGGAUGAUUUCCUUCCUGUUCCAUCCAAGCAGGCUUCUGAUCAGAGUGUGGAGCUGACAAGUGAAGCCGUAGAGUUUCUGAAUGGUAUCUUUCGAUUGUUAGAUACAGAUAAAGAUCGAUACCUACGACCUGCUGAAGUUGAUAAGCUAUUUGAUAUUGCUCCGGAAAGUCCAUGGAACGAUGCUCCAUAUAAGGAUGCAGCAGAGAAGACUGAUAUGGGCUAUAUCUCUCUAAAUGGAUUUCUGUCUCAGUGGGCCCUCAUGACAUUACUUGAUCCAAAACGUAGCUUGGCAAAUUUGAUUUACAUUGGAUAUAAUGGCAAUCCUGCUGAAGCACUCUGUGUCACUCGUAGAAGAUCAGUAGAUCGCAAGAAGCAAACAACAGAAAGAAAUGUGUUCCAAUGCUAUGUUUUUGGUUCGAAACAUGCUGGGAAAUCUGCUUUGAUGUAUUCAUUACUGGGAAGGCCUUUCUCAAAUAAUUAUACUCCAACAACAGUUGAGCAGUAUGCGGCAAAUGUCAUUGAACUAAAAGGGGUAACUAGGAAAAUUCUCAUAUUGCGUGAGAUACCUGAGGAUGGACUAUUGCAAUUUUUGUCAAAUCAGGAUUGUUUGGCUGCAUGUGAUGUAGCUGUUUUUGUGUAUGACAGCUCAGAUGAAUAUUCAUGGAAGAAAUCCAGAGAUUUGCUUGAGAAGGUUGUUAGACAAGGAGAACUAACUGGUUAUAGAACCCCUUGUCUCCUUAUCGCUGCUAAGGAUGAUUUAGCUCCAGUCCCAAGGACAGUACUAGAUUCAGUUAAGGUUACUCAGGCAUUGGGAAUAAAGGCACCUAUUCACGUAAGUAUGAAGUUAGGUGAUUCAAGUAAUGUGUAUAAUAAAAUUGUUAAUGCUGCAGAACACCCUCAUUUGAGCAUUCCAGAAACUGAGACUGCACGGAGAAAGAAGCAACACAACCAGCUUCUUCAUCACUCUCUUAUUUUUGCCUUAGUUGGGGCUGCUAUGGCGGUUGCCGGUUUGACAGCUUGUCGUGUGCGUGCAGUGAAGAAGAAUACUGCUGCUUAACAAUCAAACAACCGUUAUACAAUUUGAUGUAUAGUAAUUAAUAAUCACAUUCAUUGUUGUUGUAAGGAUGCUUUAACAGGGCUUCUUUAAUAUGAUUUAUAUCUAUUUUUUUGGUUUUCAAUUGGGUUUUCAUUGUGGACACUUUAAACAGAUCAAACCAUUUCAAGCCCUGUAAUUUUUUUGUUUUGAUGGAAGUCAUAUUUAUGGUGA